CACGUGGUAUUGUUUGUAAACAUAUAAAAUUACACCACCACUGGGGUAUGUUAUUUAUCGUUUGUCGGUGGAGAUCUAGGUAGACGUUACUGGCAAACCUUGAAAAGAAGUUUUUUGGUAUAGAAUGAACUUGAGCCAAUUCAUGUGCAUAAAAAAUGCCAAAUUCACAUUGUCCACAUCCAACCUCAACAAUGGAGCAUGUAAACAAUUGUCCAGAUUCAAAAUAUACCUGGGACCUGGCUGCAGAAAGAAAAGGAUGUCACCGAAUAUUCGAUAACUGUCUCGGUUUACCUAAACAGGACCUAAAAUAUCACUGUCUCAUCAAUCCAUUCCUGAACGAAACUGUGGAGGUUUGUGCUCCUUCUCGGAGGAUGUUCGGUGGGUUUUGUCCAGAAUACAGCACUCGCGCGGAAGGAGUUCAGGAAAAUUUCGACAUCGAUUGCAAAAAGUUCCAAAGUUCAUGUCCAAUAACGUUCAUGUCUACAGAGGCUUACAAAUAUCAAGAGUGCUACACAAUGAUAAACAGACGAACAACACAGUCCGCUACCGAAAAGCCUUUAAAAUCACAUUCUGAAAGGACAUCUUCAACAAGCAGUUCAGAUACCAAAACAAAUGCCGAACAUGCUACCUACGUCAUGUCUAUUGUACUUGGAACGAUUGCACUGGUUGUUGUGGUCUUAAUUUUUAUGUUGACGUUGUGGUACUGCUCAAGGAAGCGGAAACAACUUUGCAAAAGGAGAAAUGCAAAGAAUGUGAAAACAAAGGAAGAAGAGAUGCGACGAGAAAAUGCAGACUAUUUGACUGGUAAUGAUCAGCCUGAAUCCUAUUCCUACCUCGUUUCUAAUCCCAACAAUUCUGAUGAAUGCGAAAGAGAUAUUCAUUGUGAUUAUACAAAACAGGCAUCAGCUACCAUAAUACUUGAUGAUGGCGUAUUCAGCAAUGGUAUAUCAUGCCUUGUUCAUAAAUCAAAUAACAGCAAUGCAAGUACAAAAGGGGAACCUUCAGAUGGAUGACCUAUCGCCGUGGACUGUAUAAUUGCAUUAUUUCAUUGUGAGAUAAACAUUUGAAGUUGUCUACAUAGAUUUCUAUAUUUACUUUAUAAAACAUUAUGUCAUUGUUUUAACUUUAGGUUCAUUAUGUCUACAUACAUGUAUCAUUUAUUGAAUAUUGAAUGUAGAUAUAUCAAGAUGUUUUGAAUCAUCAUACCCCAGUGUUGUAUGACUAUGUUAGAGAAAAGGCUAAAUAGGUUUAUCCUGUUGCCCAAUCCCAUUCACUAUUACACAAAACAUUUUUUUCAAGUUUAUCAUGCUAUAGAAAUAAACAACAUUUUGCAGUAAAA